AUGAAACUAACGAAAGAAGAGUUUGACGCCGAAGCUCGGGCUAUGUUGACCGUGGACCAAGUCCAUUAUCAUAACGAAUUUUUACUGGCGCUUUUGAAUAAGGUUGAAGGUUUAGCCGAGACUUCUAUUACUAUAGCACAAGAAAAAGCAAAUUCGCACAGUCGGAAUACUAGACGGCAUAAGAGGAACUCCCGCACUUCGGAGAAAUCUAACUUUGAACCGGUGGAUUUACUAGAAUAUUUGCCUCCAAACUCUCCACCUGGUGCUGGAAGUGACGGCGUCAAAUACGCAACACAAGAAAUAUUUUUACCUGAUCAUGCUUUAGUUGUCGGCCGAUUUAUGCUAGCAGCAUGGGAACUUGGAUUAGAAGGCGCUGACGAUGAAGCAGCAGAUCUGAUUGUUGUUGCUGUCCAGCAUUUCCUUAAAAAUGUGAUAAGUGCAGUUAUAUCACAGCGCAAAGGAUACAAAACAAGGAAUAGGCACUUUAUGUAUGAUAUUGGAGGUGACAUGCCUAACAUGUGGCUACGUAACUCCAAUAAGUUAUAUGAUCCACAGAAUGAUGGAAGAGUGGGUUUAGAUGAUAGCUCUGAUGUAUUGGGUCCUCGCUGCCCACCCACUAUUGAUGAAGUUGAACAGUCAGCAGUCCACGAAAUCGCUUGCAGUCUUCCCAACCCUGAGCCUAAUAAUGACAAAAUUACCAUUGAUGAAGUCUACAACACCCUGUUGACAAAUAGAAAUGUCAUAGCGUGCCAUUCAGUAUAUGCUGUUAAUAUGGAGAGAUUGGCAGUCAUGUUGAACCAUCCAAGUUAU